AAAAAAGAUUCCAUUUAGCGUGUCCCUCUCAACUCCCGACUAUAAUUAUCCACUUUUAGGUUUGUUCUUUGUGUGACCACUCUUAGCACCGACGAGUCCAUAGACACAAACCAGAAACCAAAAAAUGAGCGACCCAAGCGGCCAAUCCUCAACAACAACCGUCGGUGGUGGUGGUAAUAGCAGCGGCGCCGGUGGAAACGGUGGCUCGUUUGCUAGUCAGCCGCAGAGAGCCAAGGUGAGGACGCAAGUGUGGGCUGGAGUUCUCGGCAUCUCCACCAACAAAUAAUUUUUUUUUUUCAUUUUUACUUUUGAUAGCAAAAUGUCUAAGUGAAAAAUGGUGGUGGUGGUUAUUAUGCUUUUGAUCAUUGUUCUUGUUAACUUUAUUGUGUGUAAAUAAGCCAGCGAGAUCUUGGCCAUCAUUGUAAUGCGUUAUUGAAGUUAUUU